AUGAAGAAGCUACACAGCUCUCUUCUUCUUCUCUGGCUGGUUUCGCUGACACACUGUAACGUCAACGCGCAGUCGCCGGGGCCGUUGCAGACAAACGGCUAUGCCUACCUCGCCAACUUCAACUCCUCCAUGGCCAUGGUCAUCGUGUUUCUCGUGUGCGCUUUCUUCCUCGUCGGAUUCUUCUCCAUCUACAUUCGCCGCUGCGCUGAGACGCACAUCGCCAACGCCGGCGGGUCGCUUGGCGCAGCGGGUGCGAUCGGUGUCGCUGCGAGACGCCGAGGCCUCGACCCUGCGGUGAUUGAGAAGUUUCCGAUGUUUGUGUAUUCUGAUGUGAAGGACCUCAAGAUUGGCAAAGGGGCUCUGGAGUGCGCUGUGUGCUUGAGCGAGUUUGAGGACUACGAAACCCUGCGUUUGCUGCCGAAAUGCGACCACGUAUUCCAUCCCGACUGCAUCGACGCGUGGUUGGCCUCGCACAUAACGUGUCCGGUUUGCCGAGCAAUGCUGGCGCCUGAGUCGAAUCACCCGGUUACUGAGCCAAACAAUCAUUCGAAUCAUCCGGAUAGUACAAAUGAAAUUAGUAAUGAUCAGCAACAACAGAACGACCAGGUGGUGAUCAAUGUGAGUGAAGAUCAGAGCAGCGAGGCGGUUGAGAUAGACAACCGUCCGGCAAGAUCUGGAAUAUUCGGGAAGUUUCCGAGGUCGCACUCGACGGGUCACUCGGUAGUUCAACCAGGAGAGAACACGGAACGGUACACGUUGAGGCUGCCGGAUUCAGUGAGGAGGCAGCUGGUUUCAAGCCGGAACAACAAGCUGAAACGAUCGACUAGCUACGACGUCAUUCUGCCGAGGCUUGGAAGUUCAAGAAAAGGGUAUAGACUCGGUGGCGAAGGGAGCAGCAGUAGAGGGAAAAAUAGUGUUGAACAAACUGGGCGGUUCGACCCGUGGGUGCUGUUAAAAACGCCACCGUUCUUUGGUAGGGGUGGUGGUGGUUCCGUUAAGUCACCUAAGAAUGGUGUUGACGGAGAAGGAUUGUUUGUGAAGGCUUUGUUGACGCCGGUGAAAAUUCCGUUGGAUUGUCAGAACGUCAAAGCCAAUAACAGGUGUCAAGAACCGAUGUCUCGGCCUCCGGUUUGAUUUUAAAUUUGUUGUCCGCAAUAUUUUGUAAAUAGUAUCUUCUUCAUUGGAACCUGGUUUCAAUCUUGGAACAGAGUUAAAAAUUAAUUUGACCUCAAUUAUAUUUCGUUU